AUGAAUGAAAACGUGUCCAAACCUUAUGUCUUUGUGUAUAAAUGUGUGAUUGGUGCCGGGCGCACUCAGGACGGCUUUGGGAUGGAGUUCGGGGUCAAUCAUUUGGGGCACUUCCUGCUGACGCUGCUCCUGCUGGACAGACUGAAGCAGUGCGCCCCGAGCCGCAUCGUUACCGUGACGUCUCUGCUGCACCGCUUCGGGGACGUGGACUUCGCCCUCCUCGACCAGACCAAAGACCUGGUCCGAGGAGAGAACUCGGUCACGCGCUUCAUGGCCUAUUGCCACAGUAAACUCUGCAACUCGCUCUUCACACGAGAACUGGCCAAUCGUCUCGAAGGAACGAACGUGUCCUGCUUCUGCGUGCACCCGGGUGUUGUUCGUACGGAGCUGGGUAGAAACUCUCAGUGGUGGAUGAACGCUCUGCUGACUCCGAUCUCGAGGUUGUUCUUCCUGGAUCCAGAGGGGGGCGCUCAGACCACGCUGCACUGUGUCCUGCAGGAGGGACUCGAGCCGCUCAGUGGACGGUACUUCUCUCGCUGCUCCGUGGCUCAGGGCUCGGCCAAAAGCAGAGACGACGCUCUGGCCAAGAAGCUGUGGGAGGUCAGUGAGCGGUUAGCAGGAAUCUGACCUCACCGGGAAAAAACAAAAACGAAAACGCGCGCCAAGGAAACACCGAACUUAAAAUGCAUAUGACGGGAUUUCAUGGUUUUCUAAUUAAAGCUGCAUGUACAUUUAUUCAAUUACAGGUGGUUUUAUAGCUCAAAAACACCUCAUACAUGCGUCACGAAUUUCGCACUUCCGGUCGUCUCGCGAUUCAUACUGGGAAGGAUUAUUCAAAAAAAGUGAGCAUCAAAUCGUCAUGUUUGUUUUCCCAGUGGAAAAGCUUGUCCUUCUCUUCCUCUUCUUCAUUCUCUCCUUGUCCCUCUGUCCCUCUUUCUCUCCUUCUUCCUCUCUCUUUCUCUCCCUCUUUUCUAUCUUUCUCCCUCUCUCUCACUCUUUUUUGUCCCUCCCACCCUCCUUCCUUCCUUCUCUCCUCCUUCUCUCCCUCUUUCUC